ACAAUUCAUUUUGCCAUUGGCUAACAAAACCCCACGUGCAGUCUCCUGAAGAUGUUUGGUGGAAGAGCUUACUUGUGGGCCUGUGCUUUGGUAGCAUUUGCGUCUUCCAGCUUCGUCGUUGAUGCUCAGUCGACAUACGACGCCAUCGUCGUCGGCAGUGGACCUGGUGGUCUUGUUGCAGCAGAGUACUUGUCGCGCGACCCGACCGUCUCCGUGCUGAUCAUCGAAGCCGGCCCCAAAUCUCUCAUGGCUACCGGCGGCACCGUUGGCCCCGACUACGCUAAGGGGCAGGGUCUCAGCACCUUUGACAUUCCUGGAGAAUACGAGAGCAUCGCUUGGAAUUCGCAGUUUUCGCAGUUCCGCGUGGACUGGAUCUCUGGCUCCAAUUGGCUCGGCAAGCUCGUCGGUGGUUGUUCAUCAAUCAAUGCUGCGCUGUACUUCCGUCCUCCGAAUGACUACGUGACCAACACGCAAUGGCCGUUUUCGGCGGCCUCCAUGAUCGCCAAGAUGGAUGAGAAUGAGAAGACCCAUGGAGUCACAGACAAACCCUCGCCGGACGGCGUGUGGUACACGCAGGAGGGCUACAAGGUCGUCGCUAAGGCGUUCCUAGGUCAAGGCUACACGGAGAAGACGCUCAAUGAUGCUACGGCCCGCAACAACAAGAACAAGACGUUCGGUCAUGCUCCUUUUACUUUCAAGAAUGGCCGGCGUGACUCCCCUGCCAACGCUUUUUGGGGCAAGAUGAAGACGCGUACAAACGUAAAGCUCCUUACGGACACCAAGGUUGACUACGUGUUGCACUCGGCCGGCAAGGCAACGGGUGUGAUGUAUGGUGGUACCAAGGCUCAACUUUCGUCGCGCGGUACGAUUAUCAUGGCUGCCGGUGCAUUGAGCACACCGAAGGUGCUUAUUCAGAGUGGCAUUGGCCCUGCUGACCAGCUCAACAUGCUUAAGGGUAAUGCCAACUUCCCCGGUCUCUCGCAGGGCGAUUUGAUCAUCAACCCUUACGUUGGUCGCAAUCUGUUCGACACGAACAUGGUCAUCCCUUCGUUCUCGCACCCAGACAUGAAGAGCUUCCGCUACCGCGACUACCCGUCAUGGGCCCUCGAUCAAUACAUAAACAAGAACGGCUCGGGUCCCUGGAGCAGUUCUGGCCCAGUUCUUAUCGGCUAUGAGAACUUCCAGGUGCAGGGCCGCCAGUACGAGUUCCAGACCACGGUUCUCCCCCAUGGUUUCGGCGAGUUCGCCAAAAACGACAAUGCGCUGUCGAUAUCGCUGUACGUGAACAACCCGGAGUCCCGCGCGGCUUCCGGUUUCGACAGCAACGGUGCAUGGCAGCCGUUCAAGGAAGGCAGCGUGUACUUUGCUACGAACCGCGAUCUGAUCGCGAUGCAGCAGUACGCCCAGCAUGUUGUGAAUGCCAUGAAGGCCCAGGGUGCUACAUUCCUUUCGGGCGCUUCGGACCCGGAUGGUGUGGCGAGAUGGGUCUCAUCUAACCGUGGACUCGCAGCGCAGCACUUUGGUGGAAGCUGUUACGCCUCGAGCGACUCGUCCGCGGGAUCCAAGCGUUGUGCAGACAACAAGUUGCGUGUGUUGGGCACAAGCAACAUCUUCGUUGCCGACGCCAGCGCCAUGCGUGACGGCACGGUGAACCCGUACGGUUUUAUUAUGUAUACCGGCCGUGAAGCUGCGGGCCAGGCUGCCAGCUACAUUUCCACUGGUGGUGCUGGUAGUGCGUGGGCUAUUCAGAGACCGGCGCCGGGUGCCACGUGCGGCAAGAUCGAGGAGAAUGUCGAUUACGCUGGUAACGACGUGGGCAACGCCAGGAGCAGCAACGCGGAAGGCUGCUGCGCCAUUUGCCAGACCUCUGGCGGCUGCAAGGCCUUCACGUGGACGAACUACAACGGCGGCACUUGCUGGCUUAAGAGCGCCAAGGGCGCUGCAUCAACCAACUCAGGAGCACGCUCGGCACAGCUUAACUGA